AUGCAUGGUUUUGGGGCGGCCGUCUACCCUAGUGGAUACAGAAGUGGAAUGGGCUACAACCCUCGUCCAUUUGGUCAACACGACUACCGAGGUGGAAUGGCUCCCAGUGCAGUAUCCUACGGAGGUUACAUGCCUCCUCCCUCACACGGAAUGCCCAUGCAGAAUGGUUUCGGCAGAUAUCCAUUUUACGGACCUCAUGGCACCCUACCCUAUGGCAGUCCGGGCUUCCCCGGUAUGGGUGGCAGUCACCCCUUUGAUCGUUGCAAUGGUGGCAACUGUGGCUAUUGGGGCGGCUGUCAAGGGGGUCAUUGUGGAGAAUUUUACGACUUUCGACCCUGCCACACUCCGGAAUGCUUUGAUGGCCCAAUCCACGGUUUUGACUGCAUAGGCGGAUAUUGUGGACGGGUUUGCAAUGGCGCCACUUGUCGAGACUUUGCCAAACAGCCCUGCCCUGGCAAGAGCUCCCCUGAACCUGAGGAUAAGGAAAAUGCCAAAAAGGAGACUUAG